UUGAGCUUCACGGCGCUUUGACUGGCCCAACACUCAUUGGAUGAGCUUGAGGGGAGAACAGCCUUCAAACAUAGACGUGCAUCACAUUAAACCCGCACCUUUCGUUUUAUUUUGUCAAAUUAAAAAGUCGAGUUUUGUAGAUGCAAAUGUGAGCGUGGUUUUUACUUUGAUUUCACUUUUUGUUGUGACAUCGCGCGCAUACUGAAUCAAAUCUACACCCAGAUUUUGCCCAUCUUCUCCAGUCGGGACAAGAGCAAGGAGAAGAGGACAUGUUCAACAGUUUUUAAUUAAAGAAGCCUCAAUACUCAUUAACAAAGUUUCCAAGAAAUUCACAGGCGCACCAGGAAAGGGAAAGAUUUCCUCUUUGCGAAUCCCGUUUCCUCAGCACAUUCGGAGAAAGAGGGGAGCUUGAGAAAUCAUGCUGGUUUCUGUGGAGAGGGUCACGAUACUAAAGUUUCGCUCCUGUAAGUUGGAUGAGUCGGUUUGAGCUGUAAAAAUCAACGUGUUUUCUCUGAGAGAACAGGAGUUUGUCGCCGCAUUCACGAGACACUGAUUUUAAUUUUUGGAGGAAGGCUAGGAUUGCAGAGGGAUUAUAACACCAAAUGACGACCUGAUCUGUGAAUCUUAGUCCUUCCCAUCCAUUUUGAGAAUGGAAGUGUUCCUGAUGGGGCCGCUGAGGCUCACUCUUCUAGUUCUGCUGAGCGGUGUGUCAUUUGGAGUGGUUGAACUGGAGCCCCUCGCUCAAAACCAGCCUCAGUCUCUCAGUUCCCAUCCACCUCAACAGAACAUCACCCUGGCAGUCAUCCUGCCUCUACACAACACUGAGUACCCCUGGGCAUGGCCCCGGGUCGGCCCUGCCUUGCACUGGGCCCUGGACAAGGUGAACUCUGACCCCAACCUGCUGCCAGGCUACCAUCUACAACUGGUUUUCAACAGCAGCGAAAACAAGGAAGGAGUGUGUUCGGAUUCAGUGGCUCCUCUCGUGGCCGUGGACCUGAAGUUUUCAUAUAACCCCUGGGCUUUCAUCGGGCCGGGAUGUGACUACUCGUCCUCACCGGUGGCCCGUUUCACCACACAUUGGGAGGUUCCGAUGAUCACGGGUGGAGCGAGAGCACUAGGUUUCAAUUUGUACUCAUCCAUCACCAACAUCGGCCCCACGCACAAGAAGCUGGGCGAGUUUGUGGUCAGGAUGCACCGGCAUUUCGGGUGGCACAAACACGCCCUGCUCAUGUUUAGCGAUAAUAAGAACGACGACCGGCCGUGCUACUUUGCCGUGGAGGGGCCGUACACACAGAUGCGCGAGGACAACAUCACGGCAGAUGACAUGGUGUUUAAUGAGGAUGAUGAACCCGUCCGUUAUGAAGUGCUUCUCCGGGACAUCAGCCAGAAAGCCCGUGUGGUGUAUGUCUGCUGCAAGUGGGACACGUUUCGCAAGCUGAUGGUGGAGUUCUUGAGGUUGGGUUUUCCUCAGGAGGAGUACGCCUUCUUCUUCAUCGAUCUGUUUGGAUACAGCCUGCAGAGCCAACCUGCCAAACCAUGGGCACGUGGAGAUGCUGAUGACAAUGUGGCCAAGAAGGCAUUUAAAAGCGUGAAGAUCCUGACCUACAGAGAGCCUCAGAACCCCGAGUACAAGGACUUUGUGUCCAAACUGAAGACAGAUGCCAUGGACAUGUUUAACUUCAGUGUGGAAGAUUCUCUGAUGAAUCUGAUUUCUGGCUCAUUCCACGAUGGAGUCAUGCUGUAUUCUCAUGCCCUAAAUGAGACUCUGGAUCGGUCGGGUGCGAGGCCCCCAGGGGACGUUAUCAAUAAGAGGAUGUGGAAUCGCACAUACCAUGGGGUUACUGGACUCGUUCAGCUGGAUGAGAAUGGCGAUCGGGAGAUUGACUUUGCUCUAUGGGACAUGACCGACACAGAUACUGGAGUUUAUCAGAUUGUGUCCGUGUAUAAUGGCAGUCAGAAGCGGAUGAUUCCGGAGCCAGGGAUGAAGGUGUACUGGCUGAAGGGAAGUCCGCCUCCAGAUAUCCCACUGUGUGGCUUCAAAAACGACAACCCUGCCUGCCUGGCAAGUGAGUGCAUUUUCAUCAUCGUAACGGUCACAGUCUUCAUAUACAGGAAGCUGAAGCUGGAGAAUGAGUUGACCGCACAGCUGUGGCGUGUGCACUGGGAGGACAUCCAGAUGAGUAACAUGGAGAAGGUGCUGCGCAGAGCCUGCAGCAAACUCACCAUGUCAUUGAGAGGCUCUAACUACGGCUCACUGCUGACUAUGGAGGGAAACUUCCAGAUCUAUGCCAAGACCGGCUAUUACAAGGGAAACAUAACAGCCAUUAAGUAUGUCAACAAGAAACGCAUCGAGCUCACCAGGAAAGUGCUGUUUGAACUCAAACAUAUGCGUGAUGUACAGAAUGAACACUUGACGCGCUUUAUCGGCUCUUGUAUCGACCCACCCAACAUCUGCAUCCUUACUGAGUACUGCCCUCGAGGAAGCUUACAGGGAAUGGCGUUCCUCCACAACAGCGUCAUUGUCUCCCACGGCAACCUGAAGUCUUCCAACUGCGUGGUGGACAGUCGCUUCGUGCUGAAGAUCACCGAUUACGGCCUGGAAAGUUUCCGCAAGGAGAACAACCUGGAGGAUGUGCACACUCUCUAUGCACGCAAGCUGUGGACAGCCCCAGAGCUUCUGCUUGCCGACAACCCACCUGCAUGUGGGACACAGAAGGGUGACGUCUACAGCUUUGGCAUCAUCCUGCAGGAACUCGCCCUGCUGAAGGGCGUCUUCUACCUGGAAGGCCCUUGUCUCAGCCCUAAAGAGAUCAUAGAGCGUGUGGCGGAGGGCCGCUGGCCGUACCUGCGUCCGCUGCUGUGUCCUCAGAGCCACAGCGAUGAGUUGGGACAGCUGAUGCAGCGCUGCUGGUCAGAAGACGUCAACGAGAGGCCCGACUUCAACCAGAUUAAAGUACUGCUUCGCAAGAAUAACCGGGGAUAUGGUUCCAACAUCCUGGAUAACCUCCUGUCCCGUAUGGAGCAGUAUGCCAAUAACCUGGAGGAGCUGGUGGAGGAGAGGACACAGGCGUACCAUGAGGAGAAGCGUAAAGCUGAAGCUCUGCUCUAUCAGAUCCUCCCACACUCAGUGGCUGAGCAGCUGAAGCGAGGUGAGAUGGUGCAGGCAGAAGCCUUUGACUCGGUCACCAUCUACUUCAGUGACAUUGUGGGCUUCACCGCAUUAUCAGCCGAAAGCACACCGAUGCAGGUGGUGACGCUGCUGAAUGAUCUCUACACUUGCUUUGAUGCAAUCAUCGACAAUUUUGACGUGUACAAGGUGGAGACCAUCGGUGACGCCUACAUGGUGGUGUCGGGCCUUCCUGUGAGGAACGGGAAACUGCACGCACGCGAGAUCGCCCGCAUGUCUCUGGCUCUGCUGGAGGCCGUUCACUCAUUUAGAAUCCGCCACCGACCUGACCAGCAGCUCCGCCUACGCAUCGGCAUCCACAGCGGCCCCGUGUGUGCAGGGGUGGUUGGUUUGAAAAUGCCUCGGUAUUGUUUGUUUGGCGAUACUGUCAACACAGCUUCACGCAUGGAAUCCAAUGGAGAAGCCCUGAAGAUCCAUGUUUCAGAGGCCACACGGGCCGUCCUGCAGGAAUUCAACUGCUUCCAGCUGGAGCUCAGGGGAGAUGUGGAGAUGAAGGGAAAGGGACGGAUGAGAACGUACUGGCUGCUGGGAGAGAUCAGCUCCAAUAAUGCCUAAAAACUGACAGAGAGGAGAGAACAAAACAAAACGCAUCUAAACAAGUACUGGGACAGUGUGGGACACCGGGAUGAAAGAAGGUUUCUUCAGAAAAAGACCUGACUUAGAAAGCAAUGUUUCAAAACUGGGUCUUGUUCAUCUUUCAUUUCCCAAAAGCGUCAUGUUAUUGCUUCAUGGGAAUCUAGCUGUGACUUUUUUUGCCAAGUAAACUUGAGCAGAAUCUUUUAGACAAAUGAAAGAUGACAUAACACACCAUCAGAUCGGUGUGACCGGAUCAAGUGUUUACGGGUCUCGUAGGAGUUUUGAAUUUUGUUUUGUCGUGAUAGGUCUUCGUCCAGAUUUUUUUAAGCCUCUGGGUCUGUUUGUUGUCGUUCAUGUUAUUGGUCACACAGAGACACAGUGCUGUAGUCACUCUAGUUUUUUAACCAUCCGAAAUGUUCUCAAUUCCUCCUCUAUCUGCCAAAACUGAUCCGGUCAGCAGAGGGUUUUGAACCAUAGAUAAAGGUUACGCACAGAAGAGAAAUAAUAAUAAAUGGCAAGUAUGGUUAAGAAAGCAGAGAAAUGUGCAAUGAUGGAUUUUGUUCUCAGAUCUCAAGAGCAUUUCCCUACAGAUGUUGUAAUAGUGUUUCAGAGAAACCAGCACAGGGAUGUUCUUGUCUUCAUUUAAUAGCAGGAUUUACUUUCCCCUUAAUGUCAUCAAGAAACACCAACACUUUUAACUUCCAGAAUGUGAGAGAUUUCCAAAUGGAACUUGAUUUUAUCCAUUGGGAUUUAAUUUAGGAAUUCUGAGAUUGCACUCGGAUCCAUUCAUGUGCUUGGAUUUCUAAAAAAUUUGAGGUCAGUAAGAUUUUUUUACUGUUAUUCGGCAAGGAUGCAUUAA